GCCAGACACGCAGCCACUGAACCACAAGCAGCUUCGCUUUAACUGGAGUGCCUGGAAGUCGCGUGCCAAGAGCCGCACGGCCAGGGACUGACUGACAGACAGACACGCACCACCACCACAACACACGAGACCCGGGCGGGCUGCCGCCGCCGCCGGGGCUCUUGGCAAACUCGCGGUCAGAGAGGUCCCCUGCAGAGCCGCGCCACAGUAGCGCCAGGCCCGCUUCUUUCCAGCGUAGAGAAGGACACAGCGUUGCUCCCGAGUGCGGGGAGAUUCCAGGCACACGCCAAAGUAAUAGUUACGCUGCGGCAUAUUAGAACCAACUAGGAUGUUUGUCAAAUCCGAGACCUUGGAGUUGAAGGAGGAGGAGGACGUGCUCGUGCUGCUCGGCUCGGCUUCCCCAGCCUCAGCCUCCCUGACCCCGUUGUCGUCUAGCGCUGAGGAGGAGGAGGAGGAGCUGGGCGCGUCGGGAGGGGCGCGUCUGCAGCUUGGGGCCGAGGCCGGGCAGGGGGCGCGGGGCAACUCAGCGGCGGGUGCCGAGGGCUGCAGGCCCGCACGGCUGCUGGGUUUGGUACACGAGUGCAAGCGGCGCCCCUCCCGAUCACGGGCAGUCUCCCGGGGCGCCAAAACUGCCGAGACUGUGCAGCGGAUCAAGAAGACCCGCAGACUGAAGGCCAACAACCGCGAGCGCAACCGCAUGCACAAUCUCAACGCGGCGUUGGAUGCGUUGCGCGAGGUGCUCCCCACGUUCCCCGAGGACGCCAAGCUCACCAAGAUCGAGACGCUACGCUUCGCUCACAACUAUAUCUGGGCGCUCACCGAGACCCUACGCCUGGCAGACCACUGCGGGGGCGGGGGCGGGGGCCUGCCGGGGGCGCUCUUCUCCGAGGCGGUGCUGCUAAGUCCCGGAGGUGCUAGCGCCGCUCUGAGCAGCAGCGGAGACAGCCCAUCGCCCUCUUCCACGUGGAGUUGCACCAACAGCCCCGCACCGUCCUCUUCUUCGUCCUCCAAUUCCACCUCUCCUUACAGCUGCACUUUAUCUCCCGCCAGCCCCACAGGGUCAGACAUGGACUAUUGGCAGCCCCCACCCCCCGACAAGCACCGCUAUGCACCUCACCUCCCCAUAGCCAGGGAUUGUAUCUAGAGCUGCCAUCUCUGCUUCCCACGCCAGGGCCAUAGUGGGUUCUCUUUCCUGGUUCCAACCAAGCCCUCCUCCCAUUUCUUCCUUGCCCCUACUUUUCACUCCCUGGAAACCACCUCACUUAGAGCAGAUGUAGCCGUUGUGAUUUCUCGGUUGGUUGUUGCAUUCCUAGGCUUUGGGGUUAAUUUCGUUCAGUCGGGUUCUGAUUUAUUGAAGGUCUGAUGAGUCAAAGAGGAUAGUGGCGUUUGGGGGCGCUUCCUGAGACCGAAAGGACGCUGUGAAGAGAUGAGGAUGGCAUAUCUAACGAAUUUGUGGAGCGGAAUGACGCUCCUCCCCUCUCUCGGAAACGCCAGAGGGGCAACUCGGUGCAGUUCGUGUGAAUCUCCCAAGGGGAAUGCAACUGGUUCCUGUGAUCUCUUCACCUUUGCUUCCACAUAGAGAUGUUAAUGUCGAGUAGAAAGACAUGGAUCUUAGCAUCUGAAUGAUUUUAUCGGUAAUAAUAUUAUCCACAGAUUUGCAAUGGCUGGCAUCUGCUUUAUUCCCAUUGCUGUCUGCAGGCUGUGGGAAUUUCACCUGUCAAACCAAACUUUCCCUUUCUGAUGUGCACUUUGUUCUUUUUCCCAGAUUCGUCACAAUGCCUAUUGUUCCGUUCUUCUCUUUCCUUUUUCUUCCCCAUUUUGCCAUCUGUCUCUUAUGAUUUAUAAGGGGGGAAAAACUUGUUUUGUUAGAGGGCCAGGUUAGAAGUCAUUGUAUAAUUUGUAGGCUUUGUAAUGAUUGAAUGCAAGCGUGGAAAUUUAGGCUGAACUCUCUAUCAAAAGCAAAAAUGUGGAGGAAAAGGGAAAAAUCAGGAGGGAGGAUUGCUUCAUGCAUUAUUUAUCUCGACCUUUUAGAGGAGAAGGAACUCCUCCAUUCUUUCAAGAGAUUAGAAAUAAAUCAACAGUCUGAAAACCUAAGCAGACACGGAGCAUUAUCUGAAUCAGCCACACACGUGUUCUCUUCUAUUUAUUAUAAAGAAAAAUUUCAUGGGAAAAGUAUGUAUUUUUUGUAUAUUCUACAGAGUUUAUUCUAGUAUGUAUUUACAUCUUGAAGAACAAGAAAAUUGUUCUUGUGAUUAAACUAUAAAUAAAGUAUCUAAUUUUCAUAA